CGGAUGUUUAAAUAGUUGGUAUCUUGGACGAAUGACAGAUACAAAUACAGCUGAGAAGUUGCUUUUAAUUAAUUGCUUUGCGCUUGCGGACAUCGCUUGAAGCAGACGGGCGUCACGACUGAGGCGUCAUGGACAGUUUCUGAAGGGGGAAUUCGCGGUCCUGUAACAUUCUCAUUUUGUCGUAAGUGUGGAAAGGAUACCGGAAGGCCCAUUUACGAGAAAAAAAGUGUCUUUCUUGUGACCUUCAAACCGCAGAACUCUGGUCCGUGAAACAAAGGGGGCGGGCUCACACCGGGCUGUCUGUCAUGCUUGAGGGAAAACCAUUUUGUUACUCUCCGGGGACCGGUUUACUCUUUAAUUUAAACCAUCAGAAUGAACAGAAAUAUGCAUUUUUUUUUCAUAAUAUAAAGACAUUAUCUUACCAAGCACCUAUGCAUUGAUUCCAGGAAUACGUAAAUAAAUAGUAUUGGCUAAUCUAAAGAAAGCAAUCGCAGUCGUAGUUUUGACGCUACCUCCCCUCCCUUACGAUAUUUUAAUAGCACCUUGCUGAUAUUGUCAACUGCACUCGGCUCAGUUCACUCACUUUCUACUCGUUGACUUCGCUCUGUAUACUAGCUCCAGCACAGCUGACCAGAAUCAAGGAGUUUGGGACGCUUUUCACGACCGCACAAGAGGCUUGAGGGCUUAUAAUGUAACAGAGGAGGUGAAAAUGAAAGAUGAGGAAGUUAAAAAAGCAACGCAGAGCGACGAGGAUGGAAAAGCCACCGAGAACGGUGAAGUAGUGGGAAUGGACGUCGGCAAUGAGUCGCACGCGGCCAUCAACUCAAAUGGCAAAAGCCGAAAUAAAACUCAUCGCAAACGGCGAGGUUCUACGUCGCCUGAAGAGGACAUCAUCGACGGAUUUGCCAUUUCGUCGUAUUCCUCAUUGGAAGCGCUGGAGUCGAGGGGUCCAAGCAAACCAGAAAUACUUAUAGAUGGACGUCGAUCACAUAAAAGUUCCAAGCGAAGUAUGGAAAAUGGAAUAAAUGGAAAGAAACGAAAAUCUGAAAAACGCCGAGCCAGGAUGCACCAUGAUCCAAAACCCAAAGACAGUGACUCUGAGGAUGAUGCCAGUGUAGAGAGGAAGAAACCAGAAGGAUCUUGGUUUCCACCUCAGCGAGAAAAGGGACUCAACACAAGUGAAGAUAAUUCAGAUUCUGCAAGUUCUGACAAAGGAUACUGGUGUGACACUGAGAGUGAAGGUGAAAGGAUGUCAGAGAAUGAAUCGACUGUUCCAACGUCAGCACCAAGCAAUUCGCUUUUGGCUGCAAAGACACCAGUUUCCACAGCCAAAGUCAGCACUACUGAAUCUUCUGAUAAAGAAGUGGAGAGGACUACAUCAAAACCAUCCGAAUGGCCAAGUUCAUCAACGGUAACUUCGCAACGGCCCAGCAGCCAUGGCUCGAACACCUCAACAAGCUUCCACCUGGCAUUGAGUACCAACACCACCAUGAGUCACCCCAUGACGCCCACCUUUGGACACGCCCAUCACGGCAGCCUGUUCCCUCACUUCCCUUCAUUUCACUCCCACCCGGGUGCACUGGGAUAUCCUCAUGGACCGGCUGGUCCCGAAUUUCUACGUCACGAACUAAACAAUCGUUUUCUUCAGUCACAAGCCGACAGAGUUCCUAAUGGAAUGAGCGCGUCACAGCUUAUGCAUUACGAGAGUCAUCAGCAUCAUCACCAACACCUACACCAACACCAGCAUCAACAUCAACACUUCCACAGCAAUGGUGCACCGCUGUCAACACCACAGGUACCCCAGUCUGUGCUUGGAGUCCCACCUGUGGGUUCAUUCUUUGCUCCCCACACUCCAGCACCUCCCCCUCUCAUUCAAAAGAAACCUGGCAAAUGGUGCGCAACACACGUACAAAUCGCGUGGCAGAUUUACUAUCAUCAACAGAAGGUGCAGGCAGAGUUACAUAAAGACCCUCAUGUAAAACCAGACCAAGUGUCCAUCAGCCGGUCAGGCGCUUGUCUCGCGUUACACACUCGUCCCAGUACUCACGACGCGUCGUAUCACGUGCACGGUCCUGGAUCCGCGAGUCCGGUCCCCACGCCUUCUAUUCCCUCUGCUGGCUCAUUCUUAGGAGGUGGUCCUAUUCCUGCGGCCCAUCCUACCAACCACGGUCUGACACCCUUUGGAGGAGGAUCCGUGGGCCUCUCAGGUGGCCCCCCGAUUGGACUGGGCAAUAGCGCUGUCGGAGGACUGAGAUCGGGUCUUGGAGCAUCUAUAUCCAGUCCCUUCCGAAGUACUGCGAACAGUAGUUUAAGUGGUGGACUUGGUAGCUCUUUAGGCCUGGGAUCAAGCUUCAGUGGUACGCACGGGUUAAAUCGUGAGUGGGGUCGCAUGUCAAGUAGUCCUGCGUCUUAUCAUUCUUGGCUGAGCCGUGAAACGGAACGAGAAAAGGAACGAGAGCUUGAACGUGGAAGGGAACGUGAACGGGAACGUGAACGCGAGCGUGAUCGUGAACGUGAACGUGAGCGUGAACGUGAGCGCGAUCGAAGUAGAGAUCGCGACCAAGAUCGAGAUAAGGAGAGAGGGAGACUCGACUCCAGCGACAGAAUUGGUAUACUGCCUAGUAAACUCCCCGAGAGGGAGAGGGGUACGGUCCACAUUUCUGACGAGGAAGGCGAUGGCAGUCAAAGGCAACGCGAACGUGAACGCGAACGCGAACGCGACCGGGAUAAGCCCGUGGAAGGGCGCCGAUCACCAGGCAGGCCUACUCACUCGACAGGUUUUAAUAUCGCUAGCCUGACCAGCACAGAUCCCAAACCGGAAACGUCGCCUUCACAGGAAAUCCGCAGCUCGUUCGAGCGCAGUUCAUCGACUUCCGUUUCCGUCAGCAGCGCCCUUUCAAGCGGCAGGCGGGAGGAACCCAAGUUACCCGGUGACAGGAGAUCAUCGGACGAUCAUGAGCUUGUUAUUUUGUCAAGUGACAGACAUAGCGGCGGCGGCCAUUCACAUGGCUUGUACUCGAGUUACAUGGACAAACGGAACCCUUACGACGAAAGGGAAAGGUCUCGCGAACCAUUCGACCUCUCUCGUCUUUCCGUUCGACCUCCGGUUCCACACCGUAUCGGUGGGUACCCACCUCCUCACGUUCACCCUCAUGCGUAUUCUCUACCCCAUAGCCACACCCAUCCUCACCACAUGGCUCCGCCCUCCAUCUUCGCCCAUGGAGGGUCCUUGCCGAACCCGUACCUUAGUGGAGCCGCCAUGUCCGCGGUAACACACCCGCCAGGUAUACCGGGAUUUCUUCCGCCGCGUGGAAUGCUGGGACUGCCGCUGGCUGGCUUGGGACCACGGAGUAGAAGUCCUGGCGAUGGCAUCGGUGCUGAGCAUGCGCGAACUGCGGCGGACAUCUUAUUGGCUGCCCCGGAAGGACGACCAUGAGCCACCACCACACAGUGUAGAUAAAUUUGCGAUUCUGUGGUGUGACCCGGGCCUGUUCAUUCAUAACAUUUCCUGGUCUCGUCUAUUGCUCAGGGUAUUCCGGUUUAGUUUAGGUUUAUUCAUGUAAUAUAACGCUUGCUGAUGUGGCAAAACCUGCUGUCCUACUCAUCGCUUAGAUUCGAAUUCGAUGAUCAAAGUUCUUUCACUCUAUCACUAGCCCAGUAAGGCAACGAUUGAGGGUUACACGGAGCGGAGAAAUAGUUUCUAAAGAACAUGUUUUUGCUGCUUUGCCGUUGAAGUGGAGAAGUUAGUUUAUAUUAAGAGCUGAUAUUUUGAGUGUUAGUCCUUGGUUAGAGUAAAUGAUAUCGGCUAGCGCUCGAAACAUCGAAAGCUUUGUCCUCUUUACCUUUUUAAUUGAUAGAAAAAUUCGACGUUCAAUUUGUUAACUCGAUAAUACCAUACGUAACGUAAGGUUUUCCUUGAAUUUUCUUUCGGAAAUUUAUUGCUAAGGCGUUAAAAGACUCCCCUCCCUUAUCACAUGUAUAUAUUGUUUCUUGGGUUUGGCACUCGAUAACAAAGACUCAAUGUGUCUUUGUUUGGUUGUUGUUUUUGAUGGAUGACGAACUAACGAAGUUUUCUUGAGCUAACGAAGUUCAUCAGUCGGGGAGACGAGUCGGUUCCGAGUGAUAACUUUCUGGCGAGGUAACUUUCGGAUUGUUCGGCCUUAAUUCUCAUUGGCCAAUACGGAUCGGAAACGGUUCCGUUGUUCUUACGAAGUUUCAUCGCCUCUCGUUGCCCCGACUAUUGUGACUUCGCCGUGAAUAGGAUAAACAGAAAUACAGGAAAAUUAAUGAUAAAUGAAUAUAACGGGUUUUGGUGGAUCAGCAGCAGGCUAAGCCGGUGUUUUCCGCACUGUUGUGUUGGGCCAUUUGAGGUUUUAUUUCAACGUGUUUGUCCGGGUCCAUUGCUGCGCCAUUAUCGGAAUAUUAUCCAGUUUUUGCUGUAGAAAAUUAUCUCAUGGAUCAUUUCUUGCGUCCCUUAUGCAGACUGUGUACAUUUUGAUAAAUGUAGAACGUGAUACGAUUAUUUGUAUUUUCCUCCAAAGUUCUAUGAGAGAGAGAAAGAGAAAUAUAGAGGAAAUCGAUUAACUUUAAACAAUUCCUAUAUUUACAAGCGAGGAAUUAAAUUAUUUGCCCUCCAACA